AUGAUUGGUACCGAGAAGGUUGAUGACCAGGAGGGUCAAGUGUUUGCUGGUGAAGUCCAUGAUGAUCCUGGUCAUGCUCACGAUGCUGUUUUUGGAAGACUCACCAAUGACGGUCCAAAUUACCGCAAUGUCGGUUGGGUGGGCACAGCAGGUCUGAUGAUGAAGACGCAGCUUGGCCUUGGAAUAUUGUCCAUCCCAUCUGUGUUUGACACACUGGGAAUGAUACCCGGCCUCAUCUGUCUUUGCGUUAUCGCUGCAAUUACGACAUGGUCAGAUUACAUAGUCGGCACUUUCAAGUUGAGGCAUCGUGAAGUCUAUGGCAUUGAUGAUGCGGGUGGCCUGAUGUUUGGUCGUGCUGGGCAGGAAAUAUUUGGCUUUGCUUUUGGUCUCUAUUGGACAUUUGUUUGCGGUUCAGCAAUGCUGAGCGUGUCAAUCGGCUUCAAUGCUGUUUCCAACCACGGAACUUGUACUGCCGUCUUUGUGGCUGUUGCAGCUGUUACCGGCUUCAUCUUCGCCAGCAUCCGAACCCUCGGGAAGCUAAGUUGGCUCGCCUGGCUAGGAUUGAUCUGCAUCAUCUCUUCAGGUUACUACAUUCCCGCACCUCUGUCUUGA